AUGUUCUUCGCUCGCUCCGGUGUUGUCGCCGCGAGCUUGCUCGUCCUCCGUUCGACCCUCUCGAUGGCUGCCCCUCUGUCAGAAAAGGCUAUCCAUGAACUCGAGAAGCGUAUCUCCUGCCAUACUACCGAGGUCCCCAUCAGUGAGUCUGGCUCUCGCUCCUCGCAGGCCAUGCUCCUGCUAGUGGGGCCUGCUCGACGUCCGGUCUCACGUGA